CCAUUUUUAAAGGUAGAGAACAGAAUAAAGGGUGAGUAAUGCCAAAUUACACAAGAACUGGACUAAAAAUCGGUGGCAACAGGUCAUAUGGAAUCUAAAUUUACCAUAAGUUUGAACUGUUUCAGGAUGUCAGGAGGAGUAUCUACAGAGAUAAGUAAAACACAGUUGAGGCUCUGUUGUGAUUUGGAGCUGCGUUUUGGAGAUGUGGUCAAAACUGAUGGAAUUACAAAUACAGAAAAGCACCAUCAGAGUUCGAUUCACCAUGCAAUACCAUCUAAAAUGUAUCUGAUCAGCAACAGCUCCACUUUCAUCAUGAAAAUGAUCCCAACUGAAGCAGUGUGGGAUCAUCUUUUUUUAAAAAAAAUCUACUUAAAGAUAUUACAAAAAGCUUGUCUAACAGAGUUCAGAUGCUGCUGAAGAACACAGGCAGUCAUGCCAAAUCGCUCAUCAGAGCUGUACAGACUCUGUUUUUGUCUUAUAUACUGUAUUUGCAUUUAUGUUUGAGCAUAAAUCACUGUGCUUAUUUCUUAUUUUCCCCGGAAAAUAGAAUGAAAUAAGGGGUGGCAUGAGACACUUGCAUAAUACAGUAUUUCACUAGAAAGUAUUUUUUGAGAAUACUGUUGCUUAAUCCUGCGGCAAAUUUGGCAAGUUGGCAACAAUUAAGUGAACUAAAUAAUGACGCUCACUGCUGUGAGUAUAUGAGAUGGUAGGCGUUCACGCCGCUGUGUUUGUAUUUCCACAUUUAAUUAAAAAAACAUAUAUACGGUAUGUCCAUUUGCACACGUAUGCACCCAUUUGCCAUUUUCCUUGGGAAAUACAAUAAAAUGAGGGGUAGCUCAAGACUUGUGCACGGCCCUGUGUGAAAUCAUCUUGAAUCAUCUCUUUCCUACUAGGAUUUAUUUUCAUUUCUCUGUAAACUGGACGUGGUGCUUAGUUUGCCUCGUACUCAGGAUGACCUUUGACUUCUGCGCUGAAAAUACUCAGCCAGCUUUAAGUAAAACCCAGCUGCAUUUUAUCUGCCGCUGGAUGGCUCAGGGCUUCCUGCUGUUUAAAGUCCAUUUCUCUGUAAUGGUCCUGACUGCUUUUUAGAUCAUCUCAAAGAGCUAAUAGAGCCUUGGAUAUUUGGGCAUGAAGCUCUUAGUUUUUGGUCUGUAGGUUAGAGGUGACCAAGCUUUGAUGUUCAGAAUCGUGAGUCUGCCCUGGCUGUGAAGGUCAGAGUGUUUACUUUAGUACUGUCCUUAAAAAUGACUUUAAAACCUUAUCAAAGGUCCAAAAUAAGAACUCCAGCUUUCUUUCCUAAUAUUAACUCUUUUUCUUUCUUAAUGCUCUUACACAAAUAGCUGAUUUAUGAGCAUCUGGUGAUCCCAUUUAUUUUGUAACAAAGAUAUCUUGCACUUAAAGGCUUCAUAAUGUUAACUGUAAUAAGUGUUGCUACUGCUUUUUGAUCAAUAUCUCAUUUGCUUUAAGACCUAAAUACAUCCUCCAGGAUUUGUCCAAGCGUGACUGUAAAUGGGAUAAUGACACAUCAGAUGACUUAACAAAGAAAUGGAAGUAAUGUCAUAAACACAGCUUGCUCAAAAUCAAUGAAACUAACAGACCAAAACAACAUUUUCAGCGGUUAGACAUAGUAGGAGCUCUUAUAUCAAUAAUGCUUUAUAUUUUAAUGAGAAGAAGAGGUUUGGAAUAAUGCAUAAAUCAGCUGUCAUGCUGACAUAAUUUCAACAAUAAUUUCAGGUCUCACAACAAGCAGGUUCUUCACAUUUCCUCGUACUGUCCUUUUAUGUCUUCUUGUGUCCUCCAGCUGCGUAUUUAAUCAAACUUUAGCUGUAGCUGAUUUUUCAGGCUCAUCUCUAGUCGAUGUAGCUUCUGUCUUGUCGUGGCCUGCUGUAACUGAAAGCGAUGAAUAUUAUAUUACUCACUGCUUACUACAGCCCUGCCCUUUGCCGCUUUGGUUGCACACAUCUCCAUUACUUAGCUCUCCAUUACAUUAUUAUGCCAGCCGUCUGUGCCAAAGAUCACAUGGGAAGUUUACUCAGUGCCCUGCUUAGUGUUUCAGAUUUAUUUUCUUUUGUUGGUUUAUCUUGAGUGAAAACAGAGAUAGUCCAAACUUCCACUUUUGCAGAGAAAUUGUGCAGAUCAUGAUUUUGAUUUCCUCAAGAGGGCGGUGUAAUCAAACCUAAUCACAGAUUUUGUGUUUCACAGUUUCACUUGUUUGACUGGGAGUAAUUUGUUUAAAGGCAUUUCUGGGAUUUCGGACUUGUAACUUCCAGCUUUCUCACAGUAUAUGGCCUGCAGGCUAAAAAAAACUGUCCUGUAACUGCUGACCUGUAAGUGACUUUGCUAUGGUGCUUUUUUCACACCCUCUCUUACCUCACCUGCCUAUUAUUACCUCCCUAAAAUAAAUUCAGGUGACAGCUUGUGUCCUCAGGUCCUGGUAAACCAUUAUUCUGCAAAUCUGGGUCAAACUAUGGCUUCUCUUCUUCCACUCACUUCUUUCCACACAUUUAUCCCCUAGUUUUGUUACUCUGUGGUAACUUUCAGUCACAUAUUACAGACUUAAGCUUACUAUAUCUGCUACUAGGCAGAUUUAUUUAGAUGUAUUGGUUUGUGAAGGGAGGGCUAGCAGGGAAAGUGGGUGAUGUAUAUCUGUCAUGUGGUCUAAAUGUGAUGGUGUGGGUUUAUUCUUCAAUGGCAUUGCAGUCCUACUCAGCAUAAGCAGCAAACAUCUUACUCCUACUUACAUUCCUCUGCACCGUCUCACAAAUCCACAUGCUCUAUUGUUCUGUUUGUUCCUUCCCAUUUCGCACUGGGAUAUGGCUGCUGGCAUUGUAUAUUUUUCCAGGCCUAUCCCCUUCCCUGUCCUGAUUACGUGUCCCCUCACAGAUAUGCCCACUAAUGCCUGGGGCGCGUACCAAAAUUGUUUCUUUGGCAGAUCCUCAGGAAGCGGUGCAGCGUUCCCUGAGCGCUCAGGGCAUUGGUUGCUGGUCAUGUGACCAAAGGAAGGACCUUGUGAAAGUCGGUCUUCCUCCCAUCUCAAACUCAGCUGAGCAGUCAGCCUGUGUUUGCCAUCUGAGUCAGGUGGUGUGAUGAAACCUGCAUGUUUGUUAGACUGUGAUGAUUCGGAAGGAGGAGGCAGGAGGGAGAGGAGCUGAUUUAGCUUCCAGUAAGGACAUGUUAAAGGCAGGAAUUUACAAGGAGUGCUCACUCAACAAUCCACCACCCUGAGACUUGGAGUGUAGAUUAAACGUUAUGUUAUGGAGACUGUAGACAUCAGUAUGGCCCUUAUGGAUGACGUGGAAGCUGCAGUGAGUACAGUCCACGGGGCUGCCUUAGUGCACUGUGAAGAUGCAGACAGAGCAGAUUCUACAAGGAAUGAAGAGACAGCAAACGUAACAGAAACUGCCAAACAUGCGAAUGAGGACACGAGGAGUUUAACCGCUGCUGACAGUGUGGACAAUACGAGGGAUGAGAGCGCUGACAGCAUGUGCACAGAGGACAGUGCAGACUGUGCUGAUGUCACAAAUAGUAGGAACAUGGAAAUCGGUGACAGUACAGACUGCGGGGAUCACAGUUCCAAGGGCGCCAGUAAUGACAGUGAGAGUGACUGUGAGAGCAGCGGUGAGAGUACCUGCCUGGAGGCCAUGACGCCCGAUGGGCAGGACUACUACCUGAGGCUGGGCGACACCCCUCGACGGCGCUCUGCCCUGCGCCUCUCGCGCAUCAUUGCCCGCAAGCAGCUUCUGCGGAGGCUGGCACAAGAGAUUGAGGCUAAGGAGGCUUGUGACUGGCUUCGAGCAGCGGGAUUUCCACAGUACGCCCAGCUGUAUGAAGAUUCCCAGUUUCCGCUUGACAUUUCGUCUGUUAAAAGGGACCACGACUUCUUGGACCGGGAUCUGGUGGAGCCUCUGUGUCGGCGUCUGAAUACUCUGAACAAGUGCGCCUCCAUGAAACUGGACGUCAGUCAACCCAAGAAGAAAGGUGAUGACUCCGAUGAAGAUGAUCCAUUGGCUAUCAGUAAAAGGUGGACGUUCGAGUGGAGCAGCCGACGCUGGUCUCGCCUACAAGACUUCCUGUCUGACAGCACCAAUGAAAGCAGCCCGACAGGUCAGGGGGAGGGUCUGCACAGCACAGUGAGCAGCGAGAGCGUGCUGACAGACCUGAGUGAGCAGGAGAUCACGGAAAUCUCCUCGCUACACAGCGAGGACUCCGCCUCUGCCAUGCCCGACUCUAUAUCGAUGGCCUCCCUCUCUGCUUCCUAUCAACCGCCACGGGAGCUUCCACACUACAACUCCCUGCCAAUCAAAAGCAGCCGCCAUGGGCAAGGGAGGCGGAAUAAAGCCAAAGAGUUUUUGCGGCGAAUGGAAAUAAUGCGUACUUGGGGUCCAUCGACGAGGCGCAAGGGCUCAAACCGCAGGCCGCCGCUGGUCAUCAGCGGGCCGGUGUUACAGGGGGAGGAACCUCAGGCGCUGCAGAUACUCCAGUGUACGCCUAUCAGCCAAUUAGAGCAGAGCCCUAAACACAACCACCAAACUGAUGGUGACAUUUCCCAAGACUGUCUUAGCAAGGAUUGUAAAGACCAGGUCACAGUGAGUGUAAGCCCCAGCAAUGAGACUGUGGAGCUCACUGUGAAGGAGCCUGUGUGCAUAAAGCCCCGCACUGCCAGCAAGAGAAGCAGCAUGUAUCUGGAGGAUAUGGUGUUGCCUUCUCAGGGUAAAAGGACCGAAGGUCAGAGCCAGUUUGGCAGAAACCAGUUUCACUCAUAUGAAAACCUCCUCAUUCACAUCCCCAAAGACCAUAAACCAGGCACCUUUCCAAAAGCCCUCUCCAUAGAAAGCCUGGCGCCUUCCCCUGGUGACAGAAACAAUGACCCUCAAGUACAUGCCCAAACUUCUCCCCGUGACAAUGGCCUGGGUGAACCCUGGUCUGGUAAACCUUUGUCUAAACCCUGUCCUGGAGCUCCACGGGGCAGCAGAGUGAGUGUUUAUGACAACGUGCCAGGCUCCCAUUUGUAUGCCAGCACAGGAGACCUGCUGGACUUGGAGAAAGAGGACAAUCUGUUCCCUCACCUGGAUGACAUUAUCCAGCAUGUCAGCGGUCUGCAGCAAAUUGUGAACCACUGGAGCCGUAGCGUGCUGCCCGAAGGGGAGACGGGGGAGGGGGAGGAGGAAGGGGAGGGCCAGACCACUCCCAGCGAAGGUGAGAGAGACGGGGUCUCCUUAAAUGACACAGAUUCAACAGGGACCAGCCGGGAGAGGAGAGACUCUGGAGUUGGGGCCUCCCUCACAAGACCACGUCUACGAUGGCCCAGUUUCAGAACUUCAGAUCACCUCAACCAGCCGGCAUCUUCUCUGCAGAUCAGCAGCCAAUCAGCGGGCCAGCUCAGCCUGCUGCAAAAGUUUUCCCUGCUCCGCCUCACCGCCAUCAUGGAGAAAUACUCGAUGUCCAACAAACACGGCUGGACGUGGUCUGUGCCAAAGUUUAUGAAGCGCAUGAAGGUGCCAGACUACAAAGAGAAGAGUGUGUUCGGGGUUCCCCUCAUUGUCCAUGUCCAGCGCUGUGGUUUUCCACUCCCCCUGUGUUUACAGCAAGCCCUCAGCCACCUCAGAACACAUUGUCUGGACCAGGUUGGAUUGUUCAGGAAGUCCGGCGUGAAGUCUCGUAUUCAGGCGUUGAGGCAGCAGUGUGAGUUGUCUCCUGACUGUGUGAACUAUGAAGACCAAUCAGCUUACGAUGUUGCCGACAUGGUCAAACAGUUCUUCAGAGACCUGCCUGAACCUCUCCUCACAAGCAAGCUAGGAGAAACCUUCCUGCAUAUUUACCAGUAUGUCCCAAAGGAGCAGAGACUGCAGGCCGUCCGAGCGGCCAUCUUGUUAAUGCCAGAUGAAAACAGGGAGGUUCUGCAGACGCUGCUCUACUUCCUGCGUGACGUUACAUCGAUGGUGGAGGAGAACCAGAUGACGCCCAUGAACCUGGCUGUUUGUCUGGGGCCGUCGCUCUUCCACCUCAGCAUACUGAAGAGCGAAGCCUUAUCACCAAGGUCAAUUCAGAGGAAGUACACUACAGGCCAACCCGAUCAGAAAGACCUCAGUGAGAACCUGGCUGCCACUCAGGGCCUGGCACACAUGAUCACCGAGUGCCAACGUCUGUUUCAGAUCCCAGAGGAAAUGGUGACCCAGUCCCACAACUCCUACAUGGAAGCUGAGCUGAUGGUGCCCCCGCUGGACGAGCUUUGCAAAGCUCAUGAGGAGGAAGUGGAUGUGGACGAGGAAGAAGAAGAUGAGGAAGGAUCCUAUCAUGCACACCUAGAACGACUAAUCCAGAACCUGCUGAAAGAGGCCAAAGAUAAGAGCAAAGGCUGGGUGUCUCGCUCAACUACUGACCAUACAGAACUGUCAUUUAAAAAGGUAGGAGACGGUAACCCUCUAAGGAGGUGGAGAGUGUGUGUCGAGGUGUCGGCAGCUCCCGCUGAGGUGCUGCAUCGGCUGCUGAGAGAACGCCCGCUGUGGGAGACUGAAUUACAGCAGGAGAAGAUUCUGGAGACGCUGGACAAACAGACGGACGUGUACCUGUACUCCUGCUGCAACAUGCCACCUCAACCCACCUGUGAAUAUGUGGUACUAAGAUCAUGGCGUACAGACCUCUGUAAAGGCUCCUCUGCGCUUGUUAGUGUGUCUGUCGAUCAUGAAGACAGCCCACCGAUAGGAUCAGUGAGGGGGGUUGUGCUGGAGUCACAGUACCUCUUAGAGCCCUGUGGGACUGGGAGGACCAGACUCACCCAUAUCUCCAGAGUGGACCUCAGGGGAAGAUCUCCAGAAUGGUACAACAAGGCAUUUGGUCACCUAUGUGUUAAUGAAGCCCAGAGGAUCCGCUCCUCUUUUCUCCCCUUAGACCAGACGAGCCCCGAGGCCAAGCUCUGAACCCCAGAAAUUAAGCUUUGUCUUGGGUCACACUGCCAAAGCAGCUGAGCAUGAGAACCAGUGACCCAGGAGGAUAAUCACCCAGGCAAUGGACUUUAGCCUUUUCACGGUGCUGAGCCAUAGGAAGCUUUACUGUACCAUACCGUACAUGUCACACACACAGACACACACACUGAAGGAAAGAGUAUUUGUGUCAUUUUAUCAGGUGUCUUUAAACAACAUAUCACUGCUUAUUUUUAUCAUAAAUCAUUAUUUUCCAAGCCUUUAAAAAACACAGAUUCAGUGUUUGUUUCCAGUAAAGUAAUUUAGUGAUUUGACACCAGGUCUCAUGUAUCCAUGUAGAUUAUUGGAAGUACAUUAUUAUAUUAUUAUAUUUCUCUGAUUUAAUCUUCCAAAUCUUCCAAUGACGAGGUAAGGAAGCCAGCACCAGCAGGUAUGAUCAUGACGAUGCUGCUGUAGUGGUUGGGUUAGUGUUUAAUAUGCAAACCUUCACCCGAUCACUUUCAUGGUUACUGUAACAGAGUACCUAACAGAAAAGUUAAAUAUAAGUUAUAUUAUAACAUAUAAUAUAAAUUAUAUGAAUAUAAAUACAACAGAUAUUAAUUAUCUUAACUAAUUUUACAUUACCUGCCUGACGAAUAUACAUGACAAAUUUGAUCAAAACAUUUCACAAAAUUUUUUCUAUUAAUAGAAAAAUAGAUAAUGUUACUUCUGUUCUAAGUCCAUUGUAGAGUAUUUAUAUAAAAAAACAAUCACACAGCAUUGAUAGUAUGUGAUGAUCUUCAAAUCUAAACUAAUAAUACACUACUGCAAACCUCCAUGACAUGCAGGUUUGCUCCUUUAUCAAUGAAUACAUGUGUAGUUGUUAAAUGAAAAACUACACAUACUGUAAAAUGCAAAGAAAACAUCUGUGCUCUAAAAAUACCAAGACCAGCACAUAGUUAUGUGUCAGCACUGUGUUGUGAAAGCUGCACUAGUUUCAGGUGAAAUGACUUUCACAGGGAUCUGAAUCACAUAAAGGGAAAACACUCAUCGGGUCCAUGAACGUGCUCAGCAUACAUUUUGUGGAGAUUACUGUUUAUUUUGUUCUCUAUUGUCACUAUUUACAGUGUUAUCUAAAUGAAAUGCCAUUUUAAAGUUAUUGUUGUCAUUACCUUUCUGUAUAUUGUGUCACUGUUGCUUGUUUUGUUUUGUUUUUUUGCUCUCAUAUUAUACAAUGUCUAAGACAUGUGACCAUUGCUCUGCUUCUGGGAAGCAUGUUUGAAAUGUUUGCGAGUGUGCACGGUGAUGCCUGUGUAUCUGCAUUUUGAAUAUAUGUACAGGCUGUACUGUAAAUAUCUGCAAUGCUUUCUGUGCCAGCAGAUCAAACACCAUAGUUUUUCAGGGUCUUCCUAUCAUAUUGAUAUAUGCUGAAAUGUGAACCUUCCAUAUAUUAUCCUACUAAAGCAAUAGCAGACUAAAGCUUUGUGACUCUUAUUGUUUCAGCUGUAGGCGGCGCUGCUAUGGUGUUACUAUGAUAGGCUAUAAUAUUUUUACAGUGCUGGCAUAAUCCCGCGCGGAUGCCUUUCGCUGGGUGUGUGUGUGUGUGUGUGUGGAUGUGAGCGAUAAUAAGACAGACAAUGAGUGAGAGUCUUUGACGUGAACCCUCAGCCGUGUGUGAUGAGGCUCCAAACCUAGCUGGGUAGAGAGGCCUGGUUGAUUUAUGCUUGACUAUUUCUGAUAAAGUGACAGAAAACAGAACCGUGGUUACUGAACAUGAGAAUAAAAAUAUCAAAUGUCAA